AUGUCGACCGCCCGUAAGAUCUCGCCCAAGUCGGCCCAGCGCCUCGGUGCCCUGGACCCCAACGGCACCGUCUUUGCCGAGUUCACGGCCCUGGCGAUCAAACACAAUGCCGUCAACCUCGGACAGGGCUUCCCCACUCUCCCCGUCGCCGAUUUCAUCAAGGAGUCUGCUGAGCGAGCCAUUGCCAAGUCGAGCCUGCUGCACCAGUACACCCGCAGCGAAGGCCAUGUCCGUCUCGUCAACGCCCUCUCGAACUACUAUGUCGACAAGCUUGGCAGAAAACUCAACCCUCUUACCGAAAUCAUUUCGACGGUUGGCGCCAGUGAAGCCAUCUACUCGACCAUCCAGGCCUUCAUCAACCCGGGCGACGAAGUGAUCCUGAUGCAGCCGUUUUACGACAGCUACCCUGCCAGCGUCCACCUCGCCGGCGGCAAGCCCGUCUUUGUAUCGCUCCGCCCUCCGUCCGAUCGCCCUGCCACCUCUUCGGAUGACUGGAAGGUGGACAUUGCCGAGCUCGAAUCGGCCGUGACGCCCCGCACCAAGAUGAUCAUCAUCAACAACCCACACAACCCCAUCGGCAAGGUCUUCCGGCGAGAGGAGCUCGAGGAAAUUGCCGCCUUUGCGACCCGUCAUGACCUGCUCGUUCUUGCCGACGAGGUUUACGAGACCCUGGUGUACUCAGAUUCGCCUUCGGAGCUGAUCAAGUUUGCCAGCCUGCCUGGAAUGUUUGAGCGCACCAUCACCGUCGGCAGCAUUGGCAAGAUGUUUGGUGUGACCGGAUGGAAGAUCGGAUGGUGUCUCGGCCACGAGGAGCUCAUCCGUGCCAUCUGGCUGGUUCACCAGUUCAUUCCGUUUGCCGUGGUCACUCCGCUGCAGGAAGCUACCGCCGAUGCCCUCGAACAGACCCAGACCAACGGAUACUUUGAGACCACUCGUGCAGAGUACGAGGCCCUGCGCAACAAGCUCCAAGCCUCGCUGACGUCCACUGGGCUGACUCCCACCUUGCCACACGGAGGAUACUUCAUCCUCGCCGAUACCUCGUCCCUCCCGGAUCCGGCGCUUCAGCCCGGCCAUCAAGACACCGACCCCCGCCGCGAUUUCCGAUUGUGCCGGUUCUUGACCUCCGAGGUUGGCGUGACUGCCAUUCCCCCGAGCGCCUUCUAUGACAAGAGCGAUGUCAAGGGGCAGCAGGAAGUUGCCGGCCAUCUGGCUCGAUUCGCGUUCUGCAAGACUGGCGAAAUGAUCGACGAGGCCGCCGAGAGACUCAAGUCCUACUUUGAGCGCGUCCACAAGAGGACCAAGCAGGAGUGA